CAAGAUUCCAAUGAUUUAAGCAUGACUACUAUUUCUCCAAAACAAAACAUUCGAUUUUAGGUGGAAAUUUAGUAUAGUAAAAAUGAGUAAUCAUGGUGCUAGAUUGGUUGUGCCUAUAGAUGUGAAGAAGAAGCCAAGGGAGCAAAAACUGCCUUUGCACAACCGGUGGCACCCUGAGAUACCUCCGGUGGCGCAGGUCCGCGCCGGAGAACUUUUCAGGGUGGAGAUGGUGGAUUUCAGCGGCGGCGGGAUCACUAAAGAGUUUACAGCUGAAGACGUCAAGUUUCAAGAUCCUUCUAUUCAGAAGCUGCCACUUCACAACCGGUGGCACCCGGAGAUACCUCCGGUCGCAGAGGUCGAAACCGGGGUGGUUUUUAGGGUAGAGAUGGUGGAUUGGACAGCAGGGGCAAUCUCUGAUGAUAACUCUGCAAUUGAUGUUAAAACAUUAGACCUAUCAACUGUUCAUUAUCUAAGUGGACCAAUUAGAGUGGUGGAUGCGGACGGGGAUCCAGCCAUGCCCGGUGACCUCCUCGCCGUAGAGAUAUGCAACUUGGGGCCUCUACCAGGAGAUGAAUGGGGUUUCACUGCGAUUUUCGACAGGGAGAAUGGUGGAGGAUUUCUCACAGACCACUUCCCUUGUGCAACCAAAGCUAUAUGGUAUUUUGAAGGAAUAUAUGCCUACUCUCCUCAUAUUCCAGGUGUAAGAUUUCCGGGUUUGACACACCCCGGUAUAGUCGGAACUGCACCUUCAAUGGAAUUGCUGAAUAUAUGGAACGAGAGGGAGAGAAAACUCGAAGAAACUGGCCUCCACUCCUUCAAACUGUGUGAGGUUUUGCAUUCGCGUCCCCUUGCAAACCUUCCAUCCACAACCGGAUGUGUUCUUGGCAAGAUCGAGGAAGGGAGUCCGGAGUGGGAAAGAAUAGCAAGAGAGGCAGCGAGGACGAUUCCGGGAAGAGAAAACGGAGGAAACUGCGACAUAAAAAAUCUGAGCAGAGGUUCGAAGGUGUACCUCCCUGUAUUCGUGGAGGGCGCGAAUCUAAGCACCGGGGACAUGCAUUUCUCACAAGGAGAUGGAGAAGUAGCAUUCUGUGGCGCCAUUGAGAUGAGUGGCUUUCUUGAGCUCAAGUGUGAAAUCAUAAGGGAUGGGAUGAAAAAGUACUUAACUCCGAUGGGGCCAACUGCAUUGCAUGUGAAUCCGAUAUUCGAGAUAGGUCCCGUGGAGCCGAGAUUCUCGGAAUGGCUGGUGUUUGAGGGGAUAAGUGUGGACGAGAGCGGGAGGCAGCACUACCUUGAUGCUUCCGUUGCUUACAAGCGCGCUGUGCUCAACGCCAUUGAUUAUCUCUCCCGAUUCGGAUACUCUAAAGAGCAGGUCUACCUUCUACUGUCGUGCUGCCCGUGCGAAGGAAGGAUCUCGGGGAUUGUGGACGCUCCUAACGCUGUCGCCACCCUUGCAAUUCCGAUUGCUAUUUUCGAUCAGGAUAUUCGCCCGAAAACUACAGGUGUGCCAACGGGGCCUAGGCUCUUGAGAAAUCAAGGUCUACCGCAGUGCAGCUAUGAUGGAAACCUGCCUAUCACCAAAAAUCCGAGUGCCACAAAUUAAGACUCUCAUUGAACAUGAAAUUGGUCGUGUUAAGCAUUUUUCAGACUAUUAGACAGUUUGUAUGUCUCAAUAAUGAUGGAUCAUAUAUGAAUUUCAAUAUAUACUAGUACUGUAUACUAGUAAUUCUUAACCA